AUGGCCGAAACAAUCUACGAGCGCAGCGACCCACGCACUCCGGAGGAGUACUAUGCCAGUCUCCAGGGCGCACAGGGCUCAUUGGAGUCCAAAUUCAAGAAUAUCGAUGACAAAGUUCAUUUCAUGGACUAUAUGCAGCGGUUAAAAAACCCGUUGACGAGGAGCUUCGUGCUAGACUUUGGGAAUGAUGUUGCGUAUUGUGCGACGGAUUUGAAUACGGGUGAUUUUCGGGGUUUGUUGACUGGUCAGAGGGCAAAGUGUUUUGGGACUAGAUGGAUUCAUAUUUGGAAUCCGGAGCAGCAAAAGGAUACUAUUCAAACUAUCACAUCCAAAUACGGAGUCUCUGAACGACUACAAGGCAUGAUGUACACCGAGCCCUUCCAUGCCCCGCCACCAGCAAUCACAGCCCCAAAUCCCGUGAGGAAAGUAAAGCGAGUGUCGGCCCAGACGAUUGACCUUGAACUCGACGAUAUUGAGAACGGAUCUGCCAUGACGAAGAAAUACCAGUCUGCCUCAUUCGAGGGCCUCACAUUUGGGCAAGUCACCGACCAAAUUUGGCAUUUCUCAUCCGUGGACUACGGUCCUCGAUAUACAUGUGUCGGCUACAACACAUUAUUUGUAGCACCCGGUGUACCCGUGGAAAAUGGCAAGGACCUACCUGAAGGCACGAGACUCUGGUCAUGGCUGAUCCUGUGCGAUGAUGGGACUCUUAUUUCAAUCCAGGAAAACCCUCUACCACAAAUUCACACGUUGACCGAGGACGAGCAGGCCGCGGUGCUGGACGUCGCGAGUCGGAAUAUCCGAUUUAUCUUUUCUGGCAUCUCGAAGCAGCACGCCAAUAAGUCGCAAAGCGAGUCUUUGGUAACGAUCCGAGUGAGAAAUUUCCAUGAGACUGGACCGGACCAGGUGAUCAUCAAGCAGGAGGAUGGGCCGAGUUUGCUGUUCUACUAUCUAUUCGACGACUGGGUGUCGAGCUUUGGGCUGAUCGCGAAGCGUCAGCACAAGUACGGGGUUUCUCUGGAAGAAUUGAGAGGACAAAUGCUCGAACGGCCCAUGGUUGACCUCGUUGACGAACUCCACUGGUUGGGACGUCGGCUGGGCGUGCUCAAACGACUAUAUCAGAGCUACGAGCUCAUCAUGCGACGUCUACUCCAGCGACAACGGUUGUUACGCGACGAGGCUCGUUCCUCCAAUCCUCCGCCUAUGCCUUAUGGAAACACCUUUGCAGACUCCGAUUUCUCCGAUCUCCGGCAAGGAAGCAUCGUCAGCGAGGGUAACCGAUUUGCAACGAAUGAUAAGCCCGUCGGGGUGGCUCUGAGCUCUGCGGCGGUGGCCCGGUUCGAGCGGUUGGUCGACCGUAUCAACCUAUAUUGUUUGAGCGAGAUUGACACCUGCCUUUUGGAAAAGGAGUCAUUGACGUUUCUGAACUUCAACUUGAUCGCACUCAAGGACUCCCAGGCUGUGGAGAAAUUGACCCGGAUCACCAUCCUGCUCGCCAAAGCGACCAUGCUGUUCCUGCCUGUCAGUCUCAUGACGGCCUAUUUCUCAACAGAACUCAAAGGUGUCAAGGGUAUAUACACCCAGGCAGAAUACUGGGUGGCAUUCACGGUGAUCUUUGUGGUGACCGUUCUCGUCCUGACCAUCUUCGGGUUCGCCAGCGAUACCGUAGAAGGCAAGACGAUUUAUCGGUCGCUAGUGAAGACGUUCUUCCGACGAUCACGACAAAGGAUCACUGGGCGAGCAAAACGAGAGGACUGA